AUGGUAUUCGGCCAAUGGAUGUUGAUUAUCUUCCGUAGACAGCUAUUUAUAAAUACUCGUACCUUCUUGAUGAUGGCUGUAGUAGUUCUCCAAGUUUCAUCGCCGUACAAUAGAACUGCCUUGACGUUCGUACUGAAGAUUGUGACUUUGAUAUUGGUUCAUUUUAUUAGCAUGCAAUAUGGUUGCGGCAUUCGACUAUCCUCUAUUUAUCACUCAUUUAAAGUGCCUGAUGAUAGAUCUUCAAUAUGGCGACCUUAUUUUUAUUCACUUGUAUACACUUUAUUAAGUGGUUUAGUUGUCCUUUACUUGAAAAAAUAUUUUCGAUGGUGUGAAUUUAAUACUGUUGUGCCGACAGUAGCUUAUUUCACACAUGAAAGUUGGAAAAAGCUGAGUACUGAUUUUAUCACUGAUUUAAUUAAGAAUAAUAUAAUUCAAAAUAAAAUUAAUAAUAAUUCAAUGUCAUUAAUUUAUUCCAAUGAAACUAUUAAUAAAACUUAUAUAUUAACAUAUAGUAUUGGACGUUUAUCUAUGAAACCUUUUGGAAAAGGUUUUCGUUUACUUAUUAAUGCUAAUUAUCAUUUAUUAUCAUUAAAGAAUUUAAUUAAUCAAACAGAAUUAAAUUCAAAUAUUCAAUAUUCAAUUCAACCUUGUUUAAGUCUUAAUCAACGUUUAAAAUUAAAUAAUGGUUUAUUUGAAUUUCUUAGAAAAUUGAAAAUUGAAUUACCAGGUAUUUAUGCACCAUCUUUAUUAUCGACAAAAUCUGCAUUUAAAACUUUAUUAUCAUUUCGUUCACUUGUUUAUUCAAUAGGAUUUCGUCGAUUUUGGAUUGCAAAAUUAGAUAUUUUGGAUUUUUUUAAUCAAAUUAUUCAUUCUAAAUUACUAGAAGUUUUCUCUGAUACUUUAAAUGAAGUCAGCAAUUAUAUGUAUCCAACACCAAAUAUACAUUUCCUUGUUCGUGAAUUGGAAUGGUUUUUAAAAGAAUCCAUCAUUUCUAUUGAUGGGAAAUUAUAUUCGUUCAUCAAAGGUAUUCCCCAAGGAUCGUGUAUUAGUUCAGAUUUGGCUAAUAUCUAUUUAGCUCAUUUGGAUCGUCAAUUACAUAGAACACAAACUAUUCUUUGGUCUCCUCACAAAUUCCUACAAAAUGAUGUGUUUAAAACAACAGAUAUUCAUCUAAAUAAAUGUUCAACUAUUCUACGUUAUUUAGACGAUUAUCUGUGUAUAUCAACAUCUAAAAUUGAAUUACAAAAUUUAAUAAAGAGAAUAAACACUUCACUUAACUCUUAUGGAUUAUUAUUGAAUGAACAAAAACUGCAAACUAAUCUAUAUGACUCAAAUGUCCCUAUAAAGUGGCUUGGGAUUGAAGUACAUUCUAGUUUAGCAAUAACUUUACCCAAAAAUAAUAGUCCACCAAGAUUUUGUCGAUUUUCUGGUCAAUCGUUAUCAGCCAAUGAUUGCAUGAGACGAUUAUGUAAAUUUCGUCUCCAUUGUCCAACUUGGCGUUUCACUUUCCACAAGAUAAUCUAUAAUACUAACAUUAGGCAAAAUGUAUUUAUUUGUAAAAAUGCAAAUAUCAGAAAAACAGAUUAUUUGUUACAAAUCAACGCUAAUCGAUUAGGCAACAAAAUAGCUGAUAUUGUAUGGAUAUCUUUGAAAACUUCACCGGAAAAAGAUCGAUUACUUCUACCUUCUGUAUCUCGAAGACUAGCAAAGGUAAUAUGUAGGUGUAUAUCUGUAAAUAUUGGCUUUAAUCGUUACUGGUUAUAUCAUUUAACUGUGAAUAGUUUUAUUAAACGUUUACUUCCACAUAAAGGUGAAUUAAAAUGGUUAAUUAAUUGGAUGCAACAAUUUAAUCAUUUAAACAAAAAAAAUGUUUUUAUAUUUUAUAAUAAAAAGAAAACAAUCGCUAUUCGUAAGCACGAUCAGAUGUCACGAGAAAAAGCUAAAAGCAAUGAACAUAGUGAAGAACAAAAGUAUCAGUAUGCAGUUUUUGCACAAAUGGAAAGUCUGAGUGAAAAACUCAAACUACUGAAUUAUGAGAAAAAAUUUUGCAAGCGACGACAUCAAAAACCUAUCACAAGACAUUAUUUUGCAAUUCCUACUAAUCCUGGUGAACAAUUUCAUUGUUUCACUACCCUAGCUGCGUGGCUGAUUUCACAGGCAAACUGUAAAAUUGACCAACCGCAAGAAUACGACGAUCCGAAUGCAACAAUAUCAACUAUUUUAGAUGCUAUCAGAACUCUAGGAUAUGUUGUAGAGUUCCCACCUUUAAAACUGAAAAGUGGAUGUGGUGAAUAUUGCAUUAAUGUUCUUAACAUGUUGGCCGACGCAAGCCUGCAGGUUCAAAACAUUAAACUCCUACCACCUGAAUAUCCAGAAGAUGAAGUAGAAGAGUCUGGUGUUCAAGACGGUGAAUCAUCGCAAACUGACGAAGAAACAGAAGAGUGGGUCGGAUCUUCAAUCGGUAGUCGAUUCAAAUAUAGUCUGUCAGACUGCGACAGGCUAGGGAAUUGUGAGGAACAAAGUGAUGAUGACGAUGAUGAAGAGGUGGUUGACUUAAAAGGAAUUAAUCUAAAACCUAACCAAAGUCAUAAAACAGAUUUGACUGAAAAACAGACAGAACUUAAACCUGCAGGCAAAAUAGAUGAGAAAAGACCGAAUAAUCGUGCAGUCUUAGAAUGCUCUACAGACCCAGCAGAUUGGAAACUUGAAGUUGAACGAAUAUUACCACAACUACGUGUCAAUGUUCGCAGCGAUGUCAAAGACUGGAGAACUCAUCUGGAUCAAAUGAAGCAGCUGAUAAUGGAAAUCGAAACUACCUUUCAGGAUGCUAAAUCCCAAUUAAUCAGAUUACACGAUGACCUGAAUUCAGAUGUCGAUAAAAUAAAUAACCGAGAGAAGUAUAUGAAUAAUCAAGUGGGGCCUCUGUUGGCGCAAUACAGAACUGUACAGGAUAACUUAAAUGAUAUAAAUGCCAAGUAUCGAGAAGCAAGUGGCGGAAUCACUACUCGAAGUCGUACUUUAUCUGAAAUCAGUGAAGAACUGGAACGUGUCAAAACAGAGAUGGACGAAAAAGGCUUGAGUAUGACAGACAGUUCGUCUGUAGUGCGUAUUAAACAAGCUCUUCAGCGUCUUAAGUCAGAGAUUACUACGAUGGACAUCAGAACUGGUGUUUUGGAGCACAUCCUACUUAGAACACAUUUACGAGUUCGUGAAGAUAGUCAGAAACCAUUUACUAAGAUGAUGGAAUCGUCAAAUGGAAAUGGGGCAUUUGUCUUUUGA